AUAGGCUGGGCUUUGGAUCCCAGCCCUGAAAUCCGUGUAUUGUUUCCUCACGCAUUCCCUCCCUCCGGACCUGGCCCAGGACAUUGCUUCCGGACUGGGACGGUGAUAGGCCAGCUAGGCCCCGGAGUAAAGACAGCAGCGACCCUCCCUGAUGGCAGAAAACAUGUCACAUGAUAACCUCGCACGGUCAGAAUUUCAAAACCAGUGUGGAUCAUCCACCAGCACCACCUGGUCUCACGCACGAGUAAACUGAAGCCCACAGAGAUCGAGUCUGCGGAAGGGGCCACAGCGCUGGGCCCCACACAGCCACAAACUCCCCGUGUGACGUGGCACACGUGGCACACGUCUGGCUCAGGUUUCUCAGCUAAAGAGUCAUUUUGAUACGAAUUAAAAACAACACAUUAAUGCUCUAAAAUCGGGGCACGAGGUUGGAGGGGCUCAGGGGCUGUGCCAUCUCCUCUGAGAGGCUUGGGCCUGCCGGUUUUGUGACAGUAGCAAGUCACAUGGCUUCCCAAAGCUUCAGUUUCCCCAUCUGCCAAGUGGGGAUCAUAGUCCCUCCUCAGAGGAUUGCUCUGAAGUGUCAAUAAAGCAGUACGUUAGCCCAAUACUGGGCAUAUAACAGGCUUUUGAUAAAUGAUGAUUAUGAUGAUUAGGCUUAAGCUUCUUGAUGAUCGGGAUGUCAUCGUUACUAUUUUAUAAUCUCCGCCAUCUCGAGCAGUGUCGGGCACGGGUAGGAGUUUAACAUGUAUGUGAUACGCAAAACGAAAGGUAAAUGAAUGAAUGAGCAAACAAGCCUCAUCUUUUCCCGGAGUCUCAGGCCCCCAGGAGCCUGGAGGGAACACAGAGCAAUGGCGACCCAAAGACAAAGCCAGUACGGCCUGUGGAAGACCUCUCUGGACAGCAUGUUGCUGAGAUGUAUCUACUCGCGCAAAUCCCAGUUGCCAUCGUUACUUGGAUAUUUCAGUUCUGCAUUCCUGCAUGCUGGCAUCCAGUUACAGCCCGGCAGGAAUGGAGCUGCUCGGUUGCUGCUGGUGGCCCGGCUCUCUGGCUGGAUGGCUCAGCAGUGAGGGCGCCUGGACUGCCUCCAGGACACUUAGGAGCUCAGCCUUCCUUGGCCUAGGAAGGAGUCCUCAGGCUGCUCCAGCCCCCGGCUGACUUGGUGCACACAGGGAAUGUGAGCAGGAGCAGGCCAGUGACCUAGGUCCCAAUUAAUGGAUUCUGACAUGGAUUAUGAAAGGCCAAACGUAGAGACCAUCAAGUGCGUUGUGGUGGGAGACAACGCGGUGGGCAAGACCAGGCUCAUCUGUGCCCGGGCCUGCAAUGCCACCCUCACCCAGUACCAGCUGCUCGCCACCCAUGUGCCCACGGUUUGGGCCAUCGACCAGUAUCGGGUGUGCCAGGAGGUGCUGGAACGCUCCAGAGAUGUGGUAGAUGAUGUCAGCGUCUCCCUCCGCCUCUGGGACACCUUUGGAGACCACCACAAAGAUCGUCGCUUUGCUUAUGGGAGAUCCGAUGUGGUGGUUCUGUGCUUCUCCAUUGCCAACCCUAAUUCCCUCCACCAUGUCAAGACCAUGUGGUACCCAGAAAUCAAGCACUUCUGCCCCCGAGCACCUGUCAUCUUGGUGGGCUGCCAGCUGGACCUGCGCUAUGCUGACCUGGAGGCUGUCAAUAGGGCCAGGCGACCCUUGGCUAGGCCCAUCAAGCCCAAUGAGAUCCUUCCCCCAGAGAAGGGCCGGGAGGUGGCCAAGGAGCUGGGCAUCCCCUACUACGAGACCAGCGUGGUGGCCCAGUUUGGCAUCAAGGACGUCUUUGACAACGCCAUCCGCGCAGCGCUCAUCUCCCGCCGCCACCUGCAGUUCUGGAAAUCCCACCUCCGCAAUGUGCAGCGGCCUCUGCUGCAGGCGCCCUUCUUGCCUCCCAAGCCGCCUCCCCCCAUCAUCGUGGUGCCCGACCCCCCCUCCAGCAGCGAGGAGUGCCCCGCCCACCUCCUGGAGGACCCACUAUGCGCGGAUGUCAUACUGGUGCUGCAGGAGCGGGUGCGCAUCUUUGCCCACAAGAUCUACCUCUCCACCUCCUCCUCCAAGUUCUACGACCUGUUCCUCAUGGACCUGAGCGAGGGGGAGCUGGGGGGCCCCUCGGGGCCCGGGGGCCCCCGCCCAGAGGACCACCGGGGUCACCCUGAUCACCACCACCACCAUCACCACCACCACCACCAUGGCCGGGACUUCCUGCUGCGGGCGGCCAGCUUUGACGUGUGUGAGAGCAUGGAGGAGGGCGGGGGCUCUGGCCCUGCUGGGCUCCGUGCCUCCACUAGUGACGGGAUCUUACGGGGCAAUGGAACAGGGUAUUUGCCCGGGAGGGGUCGAGUCCUGUCUUCCUGGAGCAGAGCUUUUGUGAGCAUUCAGGAAGAAAUGGCAGAAGAUCCUCUGACCUACAAAUCCCGGCUGAUGGUGGUGGUAAAAAUGGACAACUCCAUCCAGCCAGGGCCCUUCCGGGCUGUUCUCAAGUACCUGUACACCGGGGAGCUGGACGAGAACGAGCGUGACCUCAUGCACAUCGCCCACAUUGCCGAACUGCUUGAGGUCUUUGAUCUGCGCAUGAUGGUGGCCAACAUUCUCAACAAUGAGGCGUUCAUGAACCAAGAGAUCACUAAGGCCUUCCAUGUCCGCCGGACUAACCGGGUUAAGGAGUGCUUGGCAAAAGGCACCUUCUCAGAUGUGACCUUCAUCCUGGAUGAUGGCACCAUCAGCGCCCAUAAGCCCCUGUUGAUUUCCAGCUGUGACUGGAUGGCCGCCAUGUUUGGGGGGCCAUUUGUGGAGAGUUCCACCAGGGAGGUGGCGUUCCCUUACACUAGCAAGAGCUGCAUGAGGGCAGUGCUGGAGUACCUCUACACGGGCAUGUUCACCUCCAGUCCCGACCUGGACGACAUGAAGCUCAUCAUCCUGGCCAACCGCCUCUGCCUGCCGCACUUGGUUGCCCUCACAGAGCAGUACACAGUGACCGGGCUGAUGGAAGCAACUCAGAUGAUGGUGGACAUUGAUGGGGACGUCCUCCUGUUCCUAGAACUGGCUCAGUUCCACUGCGCGUACCAGUUGGCCGACUGGUGUCUUCACCACAUCUGCACCAACUACAACAAUGUGUGCCGCAAGUUCCCCCGAGACAUGAAGGCCAUGUCCCCAGAAAACCAGGAGUAUUUCGAGAAGCACCGCUGGCCGCCCGUCUGGUACCUGAAGGAGGAGGACCACUACCAGCGGGCACGGAAGGAGCGCCAGAAGGAGGACUACCUCCACCUGAAACGGCAGCCCAAGCGGCGGUGGCUGUUCUGGAACAGUCCCUCCUCGCCGUCCUCUUCUGCGGCCUCCUCGUCAUCCCCCUCUUCGUCCUCGGCUGUGGUCUGAGAUGCUGCCACCCUUUCUGGCCCUGCUGCCCUUCCCCCACUCCCCCCCGCCCCUCUGCUCUUCUGCAUCGCCCCCUCCACCUUCCAGGGACAAGAGGACCCACGGAACCAGGACCCUAAGGGCAGCGCUGUUCUCAGCAGCCAACGUAGCUGGGGGGGGAGGGGCUUGUGGGUCAGUACGGGGACCCCCUGCAGGGGACUGCGGUUCCAGAGCAGGGCAGGGAGGCAGACGGCUGCUGGGAGGUGGGGAGGGGGAAGGCACCGAGAGCUUUGGCAUCUGACUCUGGGCUGGAGAACGCUGGCGUCCAUGGGAGACUCUCCCAGCCAUGAGGCUGUGUGGCUCGGUCUGUGGAGGCAGCCCCCUCCCCGGGAGUGGCUGUGCUCGGGGAGGGUCCUGUCUCUCUUGGCCACGUUUUUCCAUCCACGGACCUGAGGGUGGCAGAUGUUCUGUGGGCAGUUUCCACACAGCGCCUACUCAGCUCCUCACCGGAGAAGUCAGGGUAGAAAUGAAGCGUUCAGACCCAGCUCGAGGCUUCCACAUCCUGGGGUGUGGCUGCCGAGGCCACGGGUGGGAAGGCUUGCACUCUGGCAAGCAUCCCUCCCUCCCAGGGCGGUAGGUGGCCAGGCCUGAUCGAGGAUGGCAGAGCCUGGUCAGAGCUUUAGGCCUAGGAGCAGCGCCUCGUGGUGCCGUGAGAAACUUCUCCCUCCCUGUGCUUCACCAUUCAGAUCCAGAGAUGGGAACCAAAGGAAACAGGUGGAACAGGGGAGAGGAGAAAGUGGGGGGGGGUGUCUGGGUGCAGCAACCCCAUGCUCUCUGGGCUCCUCCCCCUGCCUCUGGUUAGCACGGCCUCUUAGCACGGUGGGGCAAAAUUAGCAAACAAAACAAAACAAAACAAACAAACCCCCAAACAACAGCAAAAGCACCACCAACAAAAACAUGUUGGCCUCUAUCCCCUCAAAGAAAAGAAACAAGAACAGAAAAAGCCCCUGUGUCGCUUACAAAGUGGGGCCUCCGUGUUGAUGAGACAAAAGCGUAGGCCGUGGAAGUGAUUCCAGUGCCUGUGGGGAAAGGACUCGUCACCCACUGCGGCUGGGGAUGCCCAGACCCUGCCGGCUGGCUCUGGGGACAGCACGAGUUCUGAGUUAGCGUGCUGGGAUGGAGGCUUCCGGGGGCAGGGGCAGGGGGGUCUCAGGGCUUGAACAUGGUAUUGGACCCCUGCCUUGGCCCAUCAUGAGAAUCUGUUCUCCUCCUCUCAGGAUGUGAAUGUGUGUGUGUGGGGGCGGUCAAAGGUCAGGGGAAAGGGCACCGACUUGGAGAAUAGGAAUCCGGGUAAUGAAGGAUCACAGGACAUGACCUCACUUAGUGCUAGUUGUGGGGUGGGGAGGGUGAGGAAGGGAAGGAGGAAAAGGGGAAAUGUGAGCAGGGGCAAAGCAAAGUCAGUCCCGGGAAGAGGGAGACCAGACCGGAGGAUUGUGGGGGCUAAGACAGCAGCUUGUAACCCCAUGGGGAAAAGCUGGGCCACAUUUUACCUCUCCCGGUUUUGUGAUUCUGACCCAUAUUUCAGCCCCCACACCGUAUGUCGUCUUAAAAGCCAGAGUCCCACUGAUGACGAGUGGAAGCCUGGGGUGGGCUCCACCAGCAAGACCCUGGCUUCAGGUCUGGGGUCAAGCAAACCCAGAAACAGGAAAAGUCUGGAACGAUUCUGUGGUACUGAGACCUAGAGAUCUGAUGGUAAGUCAUUGUCAAGAGAAGGAGUGGGAGGUGGCAGGCCAGGCGGGUCUAGGGUGGCACCCCCUGUUGUCUAAGCUGCCUCCCCUUCUCUAGGGUGGCUGGCCGGCUGGCAGGCCAGACGUCUGCUCCUGCCUGCUCCGUUCUCAUCCUUGGCAUCAGGGCGAGGCUGAGGAGCCAGGGGGCAAGGGCAGGAGGCAGCUCGCAAGGAGAGUGCAGCUCUGCACCCAGCACCCUUCUCUGGGGAAGGGAACCAGAGGUGUGGCCAUGGGGUCUCCCGGGAAUUCCUGGUGAGAGGGAAAGCAGAAACCUAAAGUCCAGGGGGAGGGGGAAUGGGGGGCUGAGCAGCAUGGCCUGCCGAUGAGGAUGCGAAAAGGCCAAGGGGGUGCAGGGAGCCCAUGGGAGAGGAGCCACAGGACCAUCCUGGCAACCUGGCAACCAUCCUGGCUCACCCCUCAGGGACCCACUGUCCCUUCCUAGCCACACUCUGGGGGCCCAGCAGGCCCAGGUGCAAACCAGAGACACCACCUGGGGAGGCUGUGGGGGAGCCAGGCCAGGGCUGGUGACCUCCCAGGAGAGAAGGAGGGAGGAGGAGCAGAAUUCCAGUCCCACAAGAACCUGGCAUUUGGAAAUGCAGGGAGACAGGAAGGACAAGUCACAGGAACACACCCCCCUGUACUCAUGUCGCUCAAAGCUGCUUCAGAGGAGAGUGGGAGGGUGGGGGAGAAAACACACACACACCUCUUUUUAUAUAAGGUUUCAUAUUUAAUUUGGUCAUGAAUUCAUAAUACAUGAGUAUUUUGUACCUAAUCGCCUUCUUUGUGUUGUUUGAUAAUGUCCAACCACCUCUCCAGAGGAGGCACCUUCCACUGGAGAGAAGCAUGAAAGGACACCAGUCGCCCAUGAAAUGCUAAGUGCCUGUUGAGGGCCAAGUGCCAUUUGGACUGGGUCAGCUCUGUGCUCUGAUGCAGCUUACCUUAAAUGAAUAAGCAUGACCAACUCUGAUAAGGCACUCAAGUCCUCUGAGAAAGGGACUGCAGGUGCACUGAAGGCUGACUAGCAAAAAUCCGUGGCUCCUUCUGAAGAUACAAGCGCCCUGCAUGGAACCCUGAGUCUUCCAGGAAAGGGAAGGGGUGGGGAACCUCUGGAAGGAAGUGGGAGAGGGAGGUAAACAGCAAGGCCAUGAGGGUUGUGCCCCUACCGAACUCUGCUAGAACAUCAAUUCCCUGAAUGUGCCUAAAGUGUUCAGGUGAUUCCAGUUUGGGCCCAGCCCUACCAGUCUGGGCACACACAGACCUUUGAGGUGGGGAAGCCUGAGAACCCUGAGAAUAAACUCUGUACCAUUAUCCUGCCAGGACUGGAACAUGGGUGUGGUGGGAGGAGAGCUGAAGAUGAAGAUGGGGCCAAAGGUCCACACUCGUGACCUGCAAUGCAAUGGCACAUGACAUAGAACCUAUCUGCCACCUCAGCUCUAACCCAUCUCCCACCCCUACCCACGUCCAUCGGUGAGAAAGAGGCCCACCCAAACACAGGGAUGCACAAGGAUACCCCUUCUUCUCACUCUCCCUACUUGGAAACAUCAGCCUAUAAGUAAUGUAAAUAAUCAUACACCCACAAAAUAAGGGGAAAGGGUGGGCACUUUAGAAGUUUCUGGCCAUCAGAUCCUGGAAAGCUCAAGCUGCAUUUGAGGGAGAACCGGAACCCACCCAGGCCAUCCAGAGGUGGGCUUUUUCGUCUUUCCCCUUUGUGUUUGUACUCAUUCUAUUGUUGCCUGCUCCCAUUCAGGCAACCCGUGCAAUCAGACUAGUAAGUGCAUUUCAAAAGGUUCUACAUGCUCACAGAAAUCAAAAAUACAAAUCAGAAUACAAAAAUAUAAAAAUAGGAAGAUGCACAUCUUAUAGCAUUAAUAGAUAUAAGUAAAUGCAAGCAUGCCAACAUGGCUGCGCCUUACUAUAUAACAAAUACAAGUAAAAAGUGCAAUUCUCUUAGAAUGAAGUCCCAUGAAUUGGAAAGAAUGACACCCUAAAACAACUCGCAGUACACAUAUGAACAUACACAGGCACCUUAAACCUGAUACUGCAGGUUUGCUUCCAGACCACCCCAAUAAAGCAAAUAUCACAAUAAACGAGUCAAAUGAGUCUUUUGGUUUCCCAGUGCAUACAAAAGUCAUAUCUGCACCACGCUGUAGUCUAUUAAAUGUGCAAUAGCAUUAUGUUUAGUAACCAUGUAUUAAAUUAAAAAAUACUUUAUUACUUUAAAAAAUGCCAACCAUCAUCUGAGCUUUCAGCGAAUUGUAAUCUUCUUGCCGGUGGAGGCUCUUGCCUCGCUGUUGGUGGCUGCUGACUGAUCAGGGUGGUGGUUGCUGAAGGUGGGAAUGGCUGUGGCAACUUCUUAAAAUAAGACAACAGUGACCUUGGCCAUGUUGAUCGACUCUUCCGAUUUCUCUGUAUCACCGCGAUGCUGUUCGAUAGCAUUUUAAUCACAGUAGAACUUCUUGCAAAAUCGGAGUCAGUCCUCUCCAACCUGCCGCUUCUCUAUCAACUAAGUUUAUGCAAUGCUCUAAAUCUGUUACCAUCUCAACAAUCUUCCCAGCGUCUUCCCCAGGAGUAGAUUCCAUCUCAAGUAACCCCUUUCUUUGCUCAUCCAUGA